AUGACCCCACGAGGCGGCAAACCUCAGCCCAUCCUCUUUGUGGACGGCCCCUCGCUGGGCCGAGGAGGUGACGCUAAAUCCCGCAACACACGGUCAGCCCUGAUCCGCCGCCGCAUCUCAGAGAAACGGAGUACAUACCGACAGGAGGAGGAGGCCAAGCGAGAGCAAUUGAUUGCUGAACGUCAGACGCGAGACAGACAGUUAGCGCACCAGGGGUGUACCUGUCGAACGGUCAGGGAUCAGGACCAGGCCCUGGCCCACGGAUCAUUCGAACAUCAGACUACAGGGACCCGAACUAGCGCAACAGUACCUCAAAGUCAAACUCAGACGCAAAACUCAAUUAGUGACGGGACUCUUUUCCGCAUCUGCGGCACAUGUGGGGGAGUACGUGUGUCCAACCCGGCGCAAGGAAGCACCUCCCCGGCCCUGUCCCUGAGCAUUGUCUCUAGCAGGGUAGACCCCUUUUCUCCGGUGGAUGCCAAUGUUGGACCAAGCGUAGACGACCUUCUUCACCAUGCGUUCAUGAACCUCUGGCCCAACUUCCGCCGUGCCGAUUACGCCGGGAGAUGCUACCAAUCGCGGCUGGCUCCGAACUGGGAAAACAAUAUCUUGAUCUAUACUACCCUAUGGGCCGCCUCGUGCCAUCGAGACGUCCUGCGCAUCAGCUACGGCUCUAAUCCGGUGCUGGACACCCGGGAUCAGCUAUACUACAAGGGCCGGCUUCUGCGGCUGCUGCGCGACCAUGUGGCCGACUAUACCAAUGAAGAAUGGCGAGACGGAGUCAUCCUGGCCAUCUUGCAUCUGGCCGUCAACGAGACCACGAGACGAGACCUCAGCCGUGACCCAAGUCCGUUCACGCCCCCGUUUGUGAACAUGCAGUCACUGUCGUUCUAUGGCAGUCGGGACUAUCAUUCCAUGCACUGGAAUGUCAUUUGUCAUCUGCUGCGCCAGCUGGGCGGGAUCCAGACCGUCAAGCUAUUCGCACUGGGCUGGUUGAUCACAAUCGCGGACCUAAUGAAAGCGGCCCACGCUCUGACCAAACCGCUUUUCCCCCGGGUCGAUGUGGAAGGCAACGAGAUCAACCUGCCGUCUCCUCUGCGCGUCUUUCCCCUUCCAGACGACUCAUCCACGACGAAGAAUGUCGGGUUCAGGUAUUUGUUAUCCGUCUGCCCACCGGUACAAGGCCCCAUCGUGGACGUCUUCCUCCACCUCUGCGAAUACUCCACCCUGGUCCAAUGGUACUACAAUCGCCACCUCGAUCGAUCAGACUGCGACAGUUUCGCCGACGUCCGCAAUCAAGUCCACCACGCCAUCUUCAGCCUACCCGACGAGCAGGACCCGGUUGAGUCCGUCCUUGAUAUGUGCGACCUGUCCCCGGAUGACUUUUCCGUCUCCCAUGGGCUGUACCUCACCUGCCGACUGGCUGCGAACCUAUACGCAACACACGUUACCUUUCCACUUCCGCGCUCGGCCUUGAUCCGAGCCAUGAUACUCCCGCUGCUCGCCAGCAAACUCGACCAAAUGACUCAGGUCGAGUGCAGUCCGUUGCUUCUGUGGUGUGCCACCGUGGCGGCCAUCGCGGCAGAAGAAAUGCCAGAACACCCUCGGCUAGUCGAACAUGUGGAAACCCUGUGUCGGAGGUUAAGUGUCACGUCGUACCCACUUUUCGUUGGGAUUUUAGAAACAUUCGCCUGGGUGGAAGUCGCAUGCUCGGAGGGAUGUCGACGACUGUGGGAGAGAUUGGCAGUGCAGUCAGCAGAGGGGAUGGCUCUGGAGUUAUACAGACGAUGA